AUGCAAAAUAAUACAGAAGCAGGUAUUACAUUGAAUAGAAGCCCUUCAUCACCUGUUUGUAUUGAUCUAAGUAAAACAGUUAUUCAUAGUCCUGAGACUUCUAUUAACAACCGAGAUUCUCGAACUUCUGAUCAGUUAAUUAAUGAGUUCACUGUCGAUUCACCAGACGGAUUGUCCUAUAAUUGUGAUAGAAGAAAUUCACUUGCACAGUCUUCCUCUUUUUCUCCUCCUCCGCCUUUACCUCCGAAGAAAUCUCAUCUACAAAAGCUCUCCAAGAAAGUAGAAGAUCCAUAUGAAGUGCCAAAACAAGUUGUUGUUACUCCGGUUGAAACAGUUAUUCUCACCACUAGCAGCACAGCUUCAUCCUCAACAGUCGCACCUGUACGUUCAAAAUCAUCAAUUACAUCAGCCAGUGAACCAUUAUUUCGAAGCAAAGAAUUCAGUCGACUGUCAUUAUCACCACAAUCAGAAAUUAUUCAGGCUGACAGUAGUUCAAACACUCCCAUAACAAAUCCAGAUAGUCUAUAUCAACUUCUUCUUCUGCAAAAACUGUUGUUCUUGCUUUAUUUGAAUAACGCUUCACUUCUCAUACAGACUUAA